UGUCGCCCAUCAGUUAGCUCUCUUCGACUACAACCAACAACUUACCAAAUAGCACUACGAUGGUCUAACUAUACCUUGUCAUCAAGGGAUGGGAAUACCCAUGAACGAUAAUAUUCACGCCCCCACUGUACCCUCUGGACCUACGUCCGGAGGGGUUCCCCGCGACCUGUCCAAGCUGACCAUGGUGGACCUGAUGCAAGAGAAGGAACGCAUCGAAGCAGAACUGUCGGCCCUUAGCGCCGUGUUGACGUCUCAUGGCGUGAAUAUGAACACGUCCCUCACGACCUUUGAUGGUUUUCCGCGAGACGAUAUCGACGUUGCGCAGAUCCGCACGACACGAGCACGAAUAAUCCACCUGCGAACAGACCACAAAGAAGUGAUGAAGCAUCUCGAAAAGGGUCUCCAUGAGCAUUUCGCCAGUCUUCAACGUGCGCAAGCCGCCGUUGCCGCUGGCGGCAUGAACGGGACUGCAGUUCAACGAAGCAACUUGGGUGAGAGCAGUUUAUCAGAUGCUGAAAUUAUUGGGACGCCAUUUGCCAAGGUGAACAGCGUGGUGCCUGGUAGUCCUGCGGAUCAGGCUGGGUUGAAGGCCGGGGACACCAUACGAAGCUUCGGAAAUGUGAACUGGAUCAAUCACGAACGUCUAUCUAAGGUAGCACAAACAGUGCAACAGAACGAAGGACGCACAAUCGUCGUCAAGAUCGUAAGAAAGGACGGACCUGCGUCCAAUGACACUACUGAGCUGAGUUUAGAACUCAUACCACGCCGUGAUUGGGGAGGUCGUGGUUUGUUAGGUUGUCACCUUGUUCCACUGUAACAGGAGAACCGCAGGCCAGAUUGACACUGGCUCAAUGGCACUGCAGGAGGAAAUGUAAUUUCGUCAUGACCUCUGCUCGUGCCUUGCUCCUCUUCUUGUGCUCUGACGAGAAAUGCGGUAUGGCUUUUAUGAUCGAGUCGAAGGUAGGAUCAAGCAUAAAUUGGCGUUACUGUUUGUUUAGGCUGCAAGCGGAGACCUGAAAUCCGAGAAAGAAUGUAUUAAUAAUUGAUGCAUGGAACUCCAAGGUACCUUCGUGCCUAAUCUGUAAAAGAUGUAGAACAUGGACAAAUCAAGAGAGAUAAUUGGGAAAAUUGUAC